AUGACCGAGCCAACCUAUUCGUUCCCAAUACCUUCAUUACAUGAUGACACACCUCUCGACUGUCGGAUAUAUCAUCCCCCAGGUCUUCACGACCUGGUCGCCGGAGACAGCAAAAAGAUUCGAGGCGCUAUCGUCGGGCAUCCAUAUGCGCCUCUGGGAGGCUCAUAUGAUGAUCACGUUGUCUUAUCGGUGACCGAGUGUCUGCUCGAUCAAGGCUAUGUUGUAACGACUUUCAACUUCAGAGGUGCAGGCCACUCUGCCGGAAAGACAUCUUGGACUGGCAGACCGGAGAUUGACGACUUCUGUUCCAUCAUUGGUCUGCUAUAUUACUACCUAAGCACUCUGGUGAUACCCGUACAAUUCGACAUCUUGGCCUCAGUUGACCAGUCCAGCUUCGAUGGUCCGCUGCUGCAAACCGAUGCUGAUACCACAGGUCAGGCUUCUCUGGAGCUCCUUCUCGCGGGCUACUCUUUCGCUUCCCUGGUUCUAUGUCGCCUGCCGGCAGUCUUCACCAUACUAAAUCGCUUCAAGAGCGCUGAGAAUGGCACCGCAGCGACAGAGAUCUUCUUACGAGCUCGCACCCUAGCAAUUCAGCACCGAAAGACCAUCGCGACAAGACUCCAACGUGGACGACGACCAUCAUCGACCUCUCCUUCCAAACCAGCACACUGGCGAAAUCCAUCUCACGUGAUAUUAGGAGGCGAAGAAAGCGAGUUGGCCUCCAGUCGUCGUCGACACAGCCGCGGCGACUCGCGCGGAAGUUUCGAAGCCAUACGCGAGUUACCUCGUACGAUCAAAUCACACAUGCAUCGACCACGCAGUGGGCAAUUUCACCUUCGCACGUCUUCGGAUCGCGAACAGGAACAACAACACAAUACGGUCUCAAGCGAGCCACAAAAACAACUUCAUCAACAACAACUUCAACAACAACGACAGCCCAUAUCAAUACGCUACCUCCUCAUCAGUCCAGUCCUCAUCCCACUCUCCACGACUCUCGUCCCGCCUGGUAUCCCUUUCAUAUCAGCAACAACAACAGCAACAGCAACAGCAACAGCAGCAGGAGGAGGACGAAGUACUUCACUCGAAACAGAAGAGAAGAGUACUGCAGCAGGAGUUUUCUCCCUCCAAUAUCCAACACUGAUAGCCUUCGGAUCAUCUGAUACUUUUACAUCGAGUAAGAAACUUUGUCAAUGGGCAGAACGACUCGCAAAGGAUUCUGCUGCUGUUGCUGCUCUUGCCACUCCUGCUACUACUAAUACUACUGCUACUGCUCCACAUCCAGUUGAUGCAAAGGUAGAAUGGACACAAAUUGACGGGGCGGGACAUUUUUGGCGAGAGGGAGGUGUGAUGAGAGAGUUGCAGGGGAAUAUUCGUGAAUGGGUGGCGAAAUAGGAGGAGGAAGAUUAGGAGGAGGAGGAUGGAUAGCAC